CCACCUGGCAGCCCUCCGCGUCCUGCUGCCGCCGGCGGGCUGUCUGUCACCCCCUCUCUCCGCGGGGGUCGCUCGGAGCAGCCCCGCUAUGGAGGCGGCCACGCCGGGGGAAGUCAGUGUACAAGAUGAGGCUGUGGACAAAAGCACCUUUAAGAAAUGCAAUCAGAUUGCUUUUUACAGGCGUCAGAAACUUUUAUGUCCUGGAAAAUCCUCGUAUCAAGCAUUGUUGGAUUCAGUCACGUUAAGUGAUGAGAAGGUCAAAUUCCAAAUUAUUCAUGAGGAGAAUAAGGUUCUUCUACAAGUAGAAAUUUAUGAAAUAGAAGGCAAUAUUUUCAGGCUUAAAAUUGAUGAGGCUUCUCCUCUCAGAGCAAGAUACAAAGUUCCUGAUGUUCUUAUAAAGGAACCUACCACCCAGAGACUGUUCAUAUCCCACAAGGAGGCAGGUAUUUUGGUGCUGUCAAGUGCUAAUGGGGACUACAAACUUCAAGUCUCAGCAAACCCCUUCCAGGUUGAGCUGCAGUCCAAGGGUGAGACUGUCAUGAGCAUGAAUUCCAAUGGGUUGUUAUAUUUUGAGCACCUACAGCCACCUCCCAGUGACAGAAAACCUACAGCACAAAAUGAGGAGGCAGCAAGUGAUUACUUUGAGGAAAAACAAGAGGACCUAGGUCUCUGGCAAGAGAAAUUUGGCAGUUUCUUAGACAUCAAAGCUCAUGGUCCCAGUUCCGUAGGUGUGGACUUCUCUUUACAUGGAUAUGAUCACAUUUAUGGAAUACCACAACACACAGAAACACUUCUUCUCAAAAACACCAGUGAUGGUGAUGCCUACCGGCUUUAUAAUUUGGAUAUCUUCGGCCAUAAGAUACAUGACAAAAUAGGCAUUUAUGGUUCAGUGCCCCUUCUCUUAGCACACAAGCCUAACAGAACUUCAGGAAUCUUCUGGCUGAACUCUUCAGAAACGCUGGUGGAUAUUAGUACAAAAGCAGUAGCUGAGCACACGUCAUCCACAUCUGCUGCAGAGACUGCUAAGCAGAGAGCAGUGCCUCUAACUGAUGUACGCUGGAUGUCAGAAAGUGGAAUCAUUGAUGUUUUCCUGCUGAUGGGACCCACUGCCUUUGAUACCUUCAAGCAGUUUGCACAACUGACAGGCACUCAAGCCCUGCCCCCCCUUUUUUCUCUGGGCUACCAUCAGUGCAGGUGGAAUUAUGAGGAUGAGCAAGAUGUCAAGGCAGUAGAUGCUGGCUUUGAUGCACAUGACAUUCCUUAUGAUGUGAUAUGGCUGGACAUAGAGCACACAGAUGGCAAGAGGUAUUUUACUUGGGACAAAAAGAAAUUCCAGAACCCCAGAAAGAUGCAAGAACAUCUCAAGAAGAAAAAACGCAAGCUUGUCGUCAUUGUAGAUCCGCACAUUAAGGUUGAUCCCAUGUACAGCCUGUAUUCACAGGCAAAAGACAAGGGAUAUUUUGUGAAAGACAGAAAUGGGCAAGAUUUUGAGGGCAUCUGUUGGUCAGGUUCCUCUUGCUACCUGGAUUUCACCAAUCCUGAAGUGCGAAAAUGGUAUGCAGAUCAAUUUGCCUUCAAAACGUACAAGGGAUCCACUAAUAUCCUCUUUGUAUGGAAUGACAUGAAUGAGCCUUCAGUCUUCAAAGGGGCAGAACUAACAAUGCAGAAAGAUGCUGUGCACUACAAUAACUGGGAGCAUCGGGAAGUACACAACCUCUAUGGAUUCUAUCAGCAAAUGGCAACUGCAGAAGGACUCAUCAGACGUUCUUCAGGAAAAGAGAGACCAUUUGUCCUCACACGAUCUUUCUUUGCUGGAUCACAGAAGUAUGGGGCAGUGUGGACUGGAGACAACACAGCAGAGUGGAGUUACUUGAAAAUAUCCAUUCCAAUGCUUCUUACCAUCAGCUUGGCAGGGAUUUCCUUCUGUGGAGCUGAUGUGGGAGGGUUUAUUGGAGAUCCAGAACCAGAAUUACUUGUUCGCUGGUAUCAGGCUGGAGCCUACCAGCCCUUCUUCAGAGGUCAUUCUAACAUGGAGAGCAAACGGCGAGAACCGUGGCUCUUUGGGGAGAAGAACACCCAGAUCAUCAGGAAAGCCAUUAGAGAGCGCUACGUCCUCCUGCCUUACUUAUACACACUGUUCUAUCGGGCACACACAGCGGCUGAACCAGUUAUGAGGCCUCUCUGGGUAGAGUUUCCAGGAAAAACAGAAACUUUUGAUGUGGAGUAUGAGUACAUGCUGGGAAAUGCUUUGUUGGUGCAUCCAGUCACAGAGAAAGAGGCCAAGACAGUGACUGUUCUGCUUCCAGGGUCAAAGGAGGUUUGGUAUGAUUUCAGAAAAUUUAAACGAAUGGAAGAUGCAGGCACUCUGAAGAUUCCAGUAACACUAGAGAAUCUUCCUGUAUUCCAGCGGGGGGGCACUGUGAUCCCUCUGAAGACCACAGCUGGGAAAUCCACUGAAUGGAUGAUGGAUAUUUCUUAUGAACUCCAUGUGGCCUUGGACACAGAGGCCUGUGCCGUAGGUGAGCUCUAUGUUGAUGAUGGGCAUUCAUUUCAGUACCUCCAUAAGAAGCAGUUCCUGUAUCGAAAAUUCACUUUCCACAAGAACAUUCUCACUUCCAGCUGUGCAGAUGAAAGCGGACAAUACCAAACCUCAUGUGUGGUUGAGUGGGUGAUAGUUCUGGGAUUUGGAAAGCAACCCACUUCUGUGAGAGCCAGUUCCAAGGGUGGGAAAGAAAAGGAAGUGAUUUUCACAUAUGAUACGAAGACCUCUGCGCUGACUCUGGGAAACUUAGCCCUGAGUAUUGAUGCUGACUGGGAGAUUUGUAUCAACUGAGACACAAGUUCUUCAGAGAAGGAAUUCAUUGGGAGGUUGAGGAGAAAUAAACUGGGAACUGAAAAAGACAUACACUUGAAUCCAA